AUGUCCGACUACACAACUAGAACCGCAAGCUAUGUUCUUUUACUCCCUCACUGCCUCCGUCACUCACGCACUCAUCCAUGUCAGGGGUUGACUGUGACGUUGGCAUCACCGUUGCUGUGGUGGCGUGGCGCUGCAGCUGCUGUUGACGACGACGACGACAAGUCGCAUAUUGGCAUAAACGGCGAACACCAAACGCAACUGCAACUGCAGCCACCAACGCAAAUGGCUCCUCCCAUGCCUUCAGGUUUACUUCUCACUAUAGACAGUAUGGCAAGACAUGCAGCACCAUUAAACCACGCGAUAUGUUUAUGGAUGCGGGCGCAGGUACAUGAAUGUGCGGCAAAAGCGACAAAGACAUUCACUCAGCCGACCCAAAUAAAUAUAUUAAUUUGCAUAAAAACGAAUCUUUGUAUGCCAGAACUAAUUGAAAAGGCACUUUACAACGGAUGCUGAAGUGUGACACAUGGUAAGGAUAUUUUGCCUUAAACGAUGUUGCUUAUUUGCACUCGCCAUGGCAUUGAGGCAUCGUGGGAAACUUGGUGCAAACAAAAAUUUUUAAUAUCGCCAAGCACUUUUAUUUCUUCACCGAAAUCUUUGAAUAAUUAAAAAAUAUGUCAUUUCAUUCAAGUGCCCGUGCCAAGAAUAAACUCAAACCAAGAAGAAAUCGUAAGAUAUUUGUGCUUCUUACAAUGGGUAUGUGAAAAAAAUGUAAUCUCCCUUUUGUUGUUGUGCUGAAGGGCGAUUGUUCACUCACAAUUCCCAUUAUUCCAACUUGAUAUGCACUCAUUUGAAUGGUAAUGUAUGUGGUACUAUGUGUGUCGAGGCGUCGAUCGCUCCACUAUCCUGCAAGAGGAUAGCGUUUUCAUCAGGACAGCAUCUAGGACAUAUGCGCAUGCUCUACUGGGGUGACAUCAUUUGCAUAUGAUGCUGCGAUCGUCUUUUCACGUUCCAAAUACCAAAGGGAAAAUAAGAAGAAAAAUCGGCAUUACAACAACAAUCAUUUGUAAACAGUCGCAUCUGUGCGAGCGCUGCACAGGACAAUGAUUGUUCCAAUUAACCCUUUCGUUUGCCUAUUUUGCAUAUUAAGUAGCAUUUGGUGUUUUUCAUUCCA